CGGUGAAUUGGUGAAUUUCAGCAGCGACCCCAGGCGAAACUGCCAAAAGUUGUUCUUGUGUUUGGUACGGGGAAUUAACGUUUGUAACAUCGCGUUUUUUUUACAGCCAGAAGAAACCGCAUCUCUAGACAUACGCGGCAAGCGCGUGAACAGCAUAAUCAUUGCAAUAGAGCUCAAUCGAAAAGUGUGCUGUCGGUUCGGUACGGCCGCUGUGAAGGCGAAGAUACAGCAGAGAAGCGACUGGAUUGCGCCGGAAGAGGCAUCAACGCUCCGUUUUAUCGCCGCGUAAACAAACUCGACGACAGGCAAGCAGCAGCACGCGCGAUGGUGGCGUCCAAAAAGUCCUUCGAGAUAGGGGAUUUGGUGUUUGCCAAAGUAAAGGGCUACCCACCCUGGCCAGCGAAGGUCACGCGGAUCGAAAAGAACAAAUACAAUGUCUACUUCUACGGAACGGGCGAAACCGCCAACAUCAAGAAGGAGGACCUGUUCGCGUACGAAACGUCGAAGGAGAAGUUUGCGACGGAAAAAAUCAUGAAACGGAAGGGCUUCAAGGAGGCAAUGCUACAGAUUGAAUCCGCCCUGAGCGGUGACGAUCCAAGCCCUGUAAGUCUUGCGUUUGACGUUGCGGCGGUACAAUCGGGGAUCGAUGAUAUGGCGGAAUCGAAAGAAAUGUCAAUGUCCGCUGCCGAGACCACCUUCGAUGAGUCGCACGUGUCGGCGAACUCUACCGUGUACAACACAAGCAAUGUGAAGCAGGAAGUCAUAGACAAACAGUAUGGCAAUGAGAACGCCAGCACACCCCAGACGGCUCAAAUUAAAUCGAAUGCAAAUGUAAAAUCCACUGGCGCAAAGAAAACUGCCGCCGCCGCCGCGCACGCAACUAACAAUGGAGCGCAGAAAAAGCCGGACGACGCGACAACGGUGUCGCAGGACAACAGCGGCGGCGAAACGAAGGAAGUCACCAGCCGAAGGGGUAGAGUAAUAAAGCAGAAAAGGUUUAUGGAUGGAGAUGACGAGGACAGUGGCACUGGGGCAGGAGCGCCGCCAAAGAAGAAAGCGAUGACUCUUGCACCGGCGAAAGCGAAGGAGGCGGCUACCCCUGCUGCGACCAAGAAGCUGAACCCGUUCGAAAAAAUCGCCGAUGAGCGGCUAUAUCUGUUGAAGCUCGAGCGGCAACUGGUGGAACUGAAUCUGGAUAUAAAAUCGUCGGUGAAGCUGAAUUGUGCCGAUCCGGAACGAUGCGUCAAGCUGAUGGAACAGUAUGAAAAUUUGAGCGUUACUUCGACGAUCCUGAAGAAAAAUCCCAACUGCGUCGAAACGAUGAAGAGGUUACGAAAGUACGUCGGCAAUGCGAAAGCGUGGAACAUGGACGACAAAGAGAAGCUUCAGUUCGAUUUCCAAGCGCAGCAAAUUCGGAACAAGGCAGAACAGAUAUAUUCUCGCUUUAAAGUGAUUUUGGGAAUGACGGACAGCAGAAUGCCUUUCUGGGAGUGGUUCCGGCAGGAGGUAACCAAGUUCGAGGAGGCGGCGAAGAACUUGACGACCGAGGAACUUUUUAUGCUCGUUGACGAGAAAGAAUUAAUUCAAGACGGCCAACAACAACUCACCGAACCGGCCAAUGCUACUACGGAGCUAAACGAGACGACCAAUAACGACCCGUCACCGGCAGCUGAAGGUGGCGCGGAAGAGGGAUUCGAAGCUCCGGCACCAGCUGAAGCAAGUGCGGAGAAACCGGAAGACUAGAAACGGCGAGGUGCUUGUAUAGCGGAUCUAUCAACCAAUAUCCACACAAACACACAUAAACACACCUCUCGACACGCAAGAGCCUAGGUUAUUUAAGCAAAUUAUGAAUUAUCAUUAGUCUAUGGUGGUCCUGAAUCAGAGCGAUUAUCAAGCCGUCGAUUGUUAGAUUUGAUUGUUUCUUGACACUCUAUAUAUAGCUACGAAUUCUGUUUUCGUAGCUUUUAGUAUAUUCUGUUUUCGGGCUCAUUGCUGUGCGGCAUUGUUUGGGCGAGCAGAAGAAAAAGGUUAACGACGCGACGACACGCGUCCGUCAUCCCAUGUGCAAGAGCUUUCCUAGUUCAUUUUAUGUCCCGCUGCCUGCACCAUAGACUUUUCUUAACUUUUUCUUUCUUUUAAACACUUAAGUAUUUUAAAAAUGUUUUCCCAAUUCGAUAGAAAACGUGUAAAUUGAUCGCGAAAGUACUAUUUUUUUUAGCUACGGCUCUGCAGCUGUGGGAACAUGUUGAAGAUUGUAUGGAAAAGAAGCUCACUUCUGUUUUUGAUCGCCGAAAGAGCCCUCAAACGAACACAGUUUACCAUCCAUCCUAGAUGUGCGUGCUCUUGAGCAUGUUCCAUCAACAUGAAUGGGUCGGAUUUUAUCAAAGACCUUUUCUUUUUUGGGGGGUGACUUAAUUUCUUACACUGAUGUGCGGUUGUAAAAGUGCGCCAAGAACAGCAUCCGUUCUCUUAUUCAAGGGCUUUCGACACAACACGCGUUGAAGUAAGAAAACACCCAUAGGUAGCUGACAUGGCACUCAAACGUGUUAACACAACGUGUACAAUAAACACAAAUAAUUAGGACACACACACACACACACAGAAACAUUCUGUAAUGAAUGAAAAUCAUACAAUAGACUGGUAAGCACUCUAUCCCACAACUCACAAACCACAGUAAAGCAAUGCAAAUGAGAGAUGUACAUGCUCAGAACGCUUUCGAACGCUAUCUUGGGCGAGAAGACGGGGACAGAACGGAGAAAACGAUCUGGAAACGUGGACACACACACACUAACUAAAAGCGUGUUGAUUAAGUUACUUUAUGAAAUAAAUGCUACACAAACGUUUUGAGAAGAGAAGAGCAUACGAA